CAUUGUUGUCUUAACCACUUCACAGCGCGGUGCAUCACCAGUUAACACGCCAUCCACUGAUCAGUAUAGUGUUCUUCGUAAUCUCACAGCAGUUUACGGUGACUAUAAAGGAUGGUGGAGGACAAAGCACUGGAGACGCGGUGUCCUGAAGUCUGCAAGAUGGGGGAGGCGUCGGCGGGGCGGAGGGCAGAGGUGUCCAGAGCGGCGCGGCCCUCGAGGAGCAGCACAGACUUGAUCUACUCCUUGGAAGACGUGCCGCCGUGGUACCUGUCCCUGCUGCUCGGCUUCCAGCAUUACAUCACCAUGGCAAGCGCAACACUCUUCAGCACGAUACUGGUGGCGUCUUUCUUGUGCCUGGAGGUAAAUAACCCGGCCCGCGGCGCUCUCGUCUGUACAGUGCUGGUUCAGUCUGGCAUCGUCACCCUAAUGCAGACAACCUUCGGCGUCAGGCUCCCCGUCAUCCAGGGGACAGCUUUCUCCUUCCUGGUGUCAGUGAUAACCCUGUUGACCACCGUGCACCCGCCCUGCGCCGCGCUGCCCCUCCCGAACAUGACGCAGGAGGCGAGGCAGGAGGAGUGGCUGGUCAGGAUCCGGGACGUGCAGGGCGCCAUUGCCACAGUGUCCGUGUUCCAGAUCUUCCUUGGACUCACAGGGCUGGUCGGGAUGAUGAUGCGCUGGAUCACGCCCCUCGCCAUCGUCCCAGCGGUCACACUCAUCGGCAUCUCUCUCUUCGAUGUUUGCUUCGACAAGGUCUCCUCCCACUGGGGCAUCUCCAUCAUGACAAUAGCGAUGAUGAUCCUGUCCUCGCAGUACUUCAGUAACGUCGCGGUGCCGCUGGUCGUGCCCACCAAGAACCGGCGGGGGUGCUUCUCCCUCACCACCACCAAGGCCAAGCUGUUCAAGUCCUUCCCGGUGCCCCUGGCCUUGUUCCUCACCUGGGGCUUGUGUGGCAUUCUCACAGCUUACAACGUGCUGCCCCCAGGCUCCGCCGCCCGCACGGAUACCUCGGGGGACCUGCUGCAGAGGACGCCGUGGCUCUAUGUGCCUUACCCCGGGCAGUGGGGGUGGCCCACAGUGACCGCGGCGGGGGUGGUGAGCAUGCUGGGAGCCUGUAUGGCCUCCAUCUUGGAGAGCAUCGCGGACUACCAUGCCUGCGCCAGGAUCUCAGGUGCUCCCGCGCCCCCCAUCAGCGCCAUCAACCGCGGGGUAUUCGUUCAAGGCCUGGGCUGCCUCCUUGCGGGGCUUCUCGGGACUGGCAGCGGCACCACCUCCUGCUCGGAGAACGUCUUAGUUAUCAGCGUCACCAGGGUGGCCAGCCGUCGCGUGGUGCAGACCAGCGCCGUCAUUCUCAUAGUCUCGGGCCUCAUUGGUAAGUUCGGCGCCGCCCUCGUCACAAUCCCGGAGCCCGUGGUGGCGGGCGUCUUGGUCGUCAUGUUAUCGAUGAUCACCUCCAUCGGCCUCUCGCCCCUGCAGCAAGUCGACCUCUCCUCCUCCAGAAACCUCUUCAUUCUGGGGUUCUCCAUCUUCUUCGGUCUUCUCCUGCCUAAGUGGAUGGCGCGAAACCCAGAGUGGCAGGUGGGGACGGGCUGGGCGGCCGCGGACCAGGUGCUAAAGGUAUUCCUACAGACGCCCAUGAUGGUGGGCGGCGUGGUGGGCUGCUUCCUGGACAACACGAUCCCGGGCACGCCUGAGGAGCGAGGGCUGGUCGCCAAACCGAAGGAGGAAGAGGAGAGAUUGAAGGAUCCUGGAGACCCUGACGAGUGGUGCUACGACCUGCAGUGGAUCACGCCCUGUACCUGGCUGUCGUGGACGCGCUACCUGCCAGUCUCUCCGACCUACUGGCAGUGGGCGCCGAGACUCCAGCAGCAAGCACGAGCAGACACGCCCUGACAGCAAACACCCUGCUGAAAUGGGACACCGCUGCUGCAUUCUGCAACGUCUUAUCUCGACAACUUACAGCAGGCUCUUAGUGGGAGUUUUUUUCAUUAUAAAAUGUUUCUAUGCUUAUAUUGAUAUAGGGAUUCUGCAUCAUUAGGAGACAAAAACAUGCAUAAAGGUAAAGGUGAAGAGUUGUGCGUUACAGCUGCUCGUGGUUUCAAUGUUUUGCUUUCUUGGUGACCUUUGAUUCGAACAUGUGAACCGCAGUGUUCGAAACCGCUGCUUUAUUACUCCUUUGUCCUCGAGAUUGUACCGCAGUUGGAGGUGCUGAGAUGCUUUGGUUCGUGAUGUAAGUCAUGUAGUACGUGUUAUAUAUACCUGCAUUAUCCGUCAUCUUCUUAUUGGUAAUGUUCGUCACGCAAUGUAAAAAUAACCGAAUUCCUUUAAAUGUUUCAGCGUCUCGUCUCGACUUAUCAAAACAGUUCGUUGUGAAAGCGACUGAGAUUUUCGUCAAUCAGAAUGUCCUCCACGUAAUCGAGGAACGGUUUGACAAGAACUUUGCGUCACCAAUGGAGAAAAACACCCAUGAGAACUUGACAUAUAACCUCUGUGGCCUUAUGGAAAUAGUUACCAUAGACUAAGAUAUUCCUGGCACCGGGAUCUGCUCAUAUGCAUCGACAGAGAGGAAUAAACCCUUGAACCCC